AUGGAGGUGGGUGAAUCGAGCUACGCUCUGCUAACAAGCCCUUAUGACAGUUUUAUGCAAAAACAUCUUCAACACUAUGGCUAUUUUACCGGUCGACAUGAGGUAGUGAAAAAGUAUGGUUUUGUUCCUUCAAAGCCGCAAUUGAUAUCAUCAUCCAGUGAUUCAAACUCGAGUUCUGAUGAUGAAGAUCAAGCACAAGCUGAACGUCGUUCACCUCCUGAACACGGUGAAUAUAAAGGGAGAUCACUUCUUGCCGACCAAAGAGCAUCACUUCGACAAAAUCGACUUCGUUGUGGUUUGUAUCUACGUAGUCAAAAUGAUGAUAGUUCAUUUGAACCACGAUGGCCGAUCGAAAUUGAAGUACUAUCUGAUUCACGUGUUAGACAUAUCAACGUCGUUCCAAAACAACCCGAACCUUUCUAUAAAUCAACUGGUCGUGAUCAUAUGCCGAGUGUUCGUAGUAUUGAUGAGAAAUUUGGCCGCGUAGUGUUUAACUACAAUCCUGAAACUUGUGGUUACUUUGUUCGAUCUCGAAUUGGUGGCAAUCGUGAUGGUUGUCGACAAGCCGCCGUAACGCUUCGUGGCCCUGAAGAUACAACUGUUCUUUUCGAAUCACGUUUUGAAAGUGGAAAUCUUAUGAAAGCUGUUCAAGUUGGAGAGUUUGAAUAUGAACUCUAUCUUCGAUACGAUCUCUACACGAAACGUAAUACGCAAUGGUUUUAUUUUCGCUUGCAAAAUGUCCAAUCAAACAAGAGAUAUCGUUUUACUAUUGUCAAUUUCUUCAAAACAACAAGUCUUUACAACAAUGGAAUGCGACCGUUGAUGUACAGUGUUCAUGAUGCAGAACAUAAAAAGAUUGGAUGGAGACGUUGGGGUGAAGAGAUCGUUUACUAUAGAAAUAAUUUAACAGCACCAGAGAACUCCACGGUGUUUAUGUAUUCAUUGACUUGGACGUGUAAAUUUCCAAAUGACAGUGACACGUACUAUUUCGCACACUGUUACCCGUAUACUUACUCCGAUUUACAAGAUUAUUUAAAUAGUAUUCAAAAUGAUCGAAUUAAAGGCGAAUAUUGUAAACAGAAAGUUCUUUGUCGAUCGUUGGCCGGUAAUUUUGUAUAUAUGUUAACAAUAACAAGUCCAGCAGCAUCAACUAAAAUACCUGAACAACAAAUAAAGAAAGGAGUCGUUGUUACAGCACGUGUUCAUCCCGGUGAAACCAAUGCAUCAUGGAUGAUGAAAGGACUAUUAGAUUUCCUGCUGAGUGAUUCACCUGAUGCUAAGCUUCUUCGAGAUAAUUUUGUUUUCAAAAUCGUUCCAAUGUUAAAUCCCGACGGCGUUAUUGUUGGGAAUUACCGUUGUUCGUUAUCAGGGCGAGAUUUGAAUCGAAAUUACAAGACAAUCUUAAAAGAUGCUUAUCCGUCGAUCUGGCAUACGAGAGAGAUGAUCAAAAGAUUUAUGACUGAAAUUGAACUGGUCGUGUAUUGUGAUUUCCAUGGUCAUUCACGACGGAAUAAUGUAUUUAUUUAUGGAUGUGAAAACAAACGUGAACCAAAAGAGCGAUUCAAAGAGAGAAUUUUCCCAUCAAUAUUUUCGAAAAAUGAUCCGUGCAAGUUUUCCUAUUCAUCAUGCCGAUUCAAAGUGCAAAAGCAAAAGGAAGGAACAGGACGAAUCGUUAUGUGGUCCAUGGGUAUUAAAAAUAGUUUUACGUUAGAGUCAACAUUUUGUGGAUCUACACUAAAUGAACAAGCUGGCCAUCAAUUCAAUACGAUAGAUCUUGAAUCAAUCGGGUAUCAUUUUCUUGAUUCUAUACUCGACUAUAGUGAUCCAGAUCCAACCAAACGUAAUCGGCUAUUGACAGAAGCUCGAGAUAACCUACGACAGGCGAUUCGACUGAAACUUAUUUCACGUGGUAUCAAUCCAUCAACAAUAUCAGACGCAGAUCUCGAUCAAUAUUCAUCCGAAGAUGAUUCAAGUGACGAUGCGGGAUCGGAUUCUUCGGCUGAUGAUGGUCUACCGAAACAUUUAGAAGCUAUGGCUGCUGUAGCUAAAGCUCGAGUAAAGAAAACACGCAAGAAUAGAGAAGUCAUGAAACCAUCGAAAGAACCAAUGAUCAAAGAAGAGCCGAAUAAAGAAAAUGCUAACAAAGUCAAACCUAUUGGUUUAACCAUGACUACAUCUCGUAAAGUUAGCCUUCCGAUUAUUAAUCACGAGCCAACUAAACAAACAGUGUCACAACCACCAGCACAACUAUUGACAACACGUCGAGGAGGUGAAGAAGAUGCAGGUAAUCGAGGAAGUCGGUGGCCAGCGAUUACGAGAAUUAACAACAAAACAUAUAAAACAACACGAGCUGAUGAAAAUGCACAACGAUCACGCAAUAUUUUCAGCACGAUCUAUGGAAGAGAUGCAGAUCCUGAUGCAGCUGGGAAUCUAACAAAUGCGACUACUGCAAGUUAUCCUACUAUGGCCGAACACUCUCGAUCGGAUGAAGAUACUUCUCUUCGAGUGACGAAAGAUACUCAGGGUGGAUUUAUUAUUAGUCGAAUGCCAGCAGCACAUUGUAGCGAUGAUGGACGAUCGCAGAUGAGUAACUUUAUCACAAAUCGAAUUUCGGGUCAUUUGACUGAACGCUUAAUCGGACCAUCUCGACCGCAUAAAAAGAUGAGAUCGCCCAUGAUAAAUAUCACGCAAAGUCAAACUGUACUUGAUAUUCAAGCAAUUCAACCGCCAAUACAAACAGGAAAUCCUAGACGUGUUUUCGAACAGCAACAACAUCAGCGUCAACGUGUUCUGACCGUAUUUGGCAAACAAGAUUCGGCUGAUUCUGUGGAUCGACUAAAUAGCUUUUCAAAGAAUUCGAUCCCGUUGCCAGUUUAUGACAGAAAAGUAGACGAAAUAUUAUCCAACCGAGACGAUUCAUCGGCUACACUAUCAAGAUCCGCACCGAAACCAGCAGAUACAGAGCCAAUCAACAUAGUUUUCAGUUAUGAGCAUUCACCACAAAACAGACCACAAGGAAUCGGAAAACCUCCCAAGAAAACAAAGGCCUAA